UCUCAUUUGGUCCUUUUCCUCGUGUGUGAAAUUUUUAUACUCGGAACGCACCGCGAACGCGGCGGCGAUGUACAGCGCGGCGGAGAACGCGGCCGCGGCCGCGGCCGCGGCGGAGCGAACCGCGUUUCGCGGCGCGGAGAAGCGAUACAAGCUCUACAAAACCCUCCCUCACCGCCCCAAAUCCAGGAAGAGGACGACGACGGGGACCAAGCCCACGGAUCUCUCGGACGUGGUCGAUUUCAAAGCCGUUCUCGAUGGCUUCGCGGGCGGGCGAGAUCUUCCCCCCGGGAUCCUGCGCUUCGAUUGCGAUGGAUUCGAUCGCCCCGUGUUUUGUAUCGAGGAUCGACCUGGAUUUUUCUUCAUUCCCAGUGCCCUGACCAUUGAAGAACAGUGCUACUGGAUUAGGGAAAGCUUGGCAACCUUUCCUCAACCUCCCAAUAGAGCUAAUCUUACAGCAAUAUAUGGCCCAAUUUAUGGUUUAUUUAAUGCUGCUCAAAAUCAGAAGGUUUUGAUUGAAACAGAAGAUACAGAUACACUUGUGGACCAUGAACUGAAUGGCAGUAAAAGUAGUCCGCAUUCCCAGAAAUUUCUAUUUGCGGAAACUUCCGACGUGCAUAGAGUAGAGACAUGCAAAUCAAUAGCAGCAUUAGCUCUUUUAAAGAAACUUCGUUGGAGCACGCUUGGUUUACAGUUUGACUGGUCUAAGCGCAACUAUGAUGUCUCUCUUCCGCACAACAAGAUACCAGAUGCUCUUUGUACACUUGCUAGGAAGAUGGCAGUUCCUGCCUUACCAUUUGGGGAGGAUUUCCAUCCAGAAGCUGCAAUUGUGAACUAUUUUGGUCCAAGCGAUAUGCUUGGUGGCCACCUAGAUGACAUGGAAUUAGAUUGGACCAGACCAAUUGUUAGCAUAAGCCUGGGCUGCAAAGCUAUAUUUCUAUUGGGAGGAAAGACUAGAGAGGAUGUCCCAAUCGCCAUGUUCUUGCGCAGCGGCGACAUUGUGCUGAUGGCCGGGGAAGCAAGGGAAUGCUUCCAUGGAGUGCCAAGAAUCUUCACGGACGAUGACCAUGCAGAGAUCUCUGCAAUUCUGUCACAAUUUUCAGCUGAAGAUGACCGUUGUUAUGCAGACUAUAUUAGAAAUUCAAGAAUAAACAUCAACAUCCGACAGGUCAAUUAGUACAGCACUUCUGUGCACAAGUUUGUAUGCUGAAAAAGCCGGUUUUUCUUGUCUUAAACCCCCUAGUCAAUCCCCAUGUUGGAUCUGGAUGAAAGAGUAAAGAGAAGAAAUAGGAGAGGAGAGCACAAUUUUUCCCCAAUGUGGAGCUACAUAGUGUUUGAAGUGGGAGCGGAAAUUUAAGGCGUGACUUUGAAAAGUAACAUAAUUUGGAGAUGUGAACUUUCCAAGUUCCACUAUUUCCAGAUUCCUCAUUGUAACUCCCUAACAGUAGGUGUUGGAUACUAAACAUAGAUUCUGGUUAUGCUGGCGAUGUUCAGAAUUGUUUGUUUCCACUACAGCCUCAGGUAUUUUACAGGGAAACGGAGCUGUGCGUGUCGGAAAAGGUAACUGAAGUCUUAUUUCAUUCCACUCAUUAAUCGAGUAGGUGAACAGAAAUAUCAAGUUGUUUGGGGUACUGCAAAGUCAUUCCUUCGUAUCAGCUUUUAUAUACUAUUUUAUCUUUACUAUAAACGUAUGCUCAUGCUAACUGAAUUUGCAUUUAUAAUCUUCUAACAAAAAAUGGGUGCCAUUUUCAUAUCUGAUUGGUUGCAGUGCGAACUCUUUUUAUCUGAACAAACAAUUUAGAUUUUAUAUUGAGUCACCUUGGACCUUUUAUUAUUCACAAUUUUGUCAAGCCUCGCAAUUUAAGUUUUAUUUGGUUUCGUAAACAUGGCUUCGACAACUUCGUUGGCCUGUUUAUCUGUUUUCCAAUGGGAUGUGGAUGAAUUUUGCAUGUUUUAUUCUUCAGCUGCUACAAGAUAUGAUGUAAUUGUAAUUUCUACAUUGUUUUGAAGCAGU